UGUAUUUCCUCGGCGUCUCCUCGCGCCCCGCUGCCUCCGCCACCGGAGGCGGACAAUUAGAGGAAGUAGGUCCGCUGAGCUGCAUGGAGUAGUUGGCAUUCACUGUCUGUAUGGAGGCCCCUGUCGGAUGCACGCGUGGAUUUUGGGCAGUCGGAGAGCUCGUGUCAGAUUCAGCACCGCAGCUCUCAUCAGCUCCCGGUCGUCGCGUGUGGAUGGGCUCUGUCGGUCUCCGUGGGUUCUCCAGCUCCUAACUACCGGCAACAAUGGCAUCACACGGCUUCUGGUCUCUUGGUGGAGAUAAUGCGGGGGCCAAUACCGGGAGUCAGAGCCCCAGCACGCCCAGGGCUUGGUGCCAGGCGGCGGCCCAGAAAUUAUCCGGAGGAAUUGGAUCGAAAUUAUGUGCGCUGUUAAAUGUCGGGGAGGGGGAGAAACCCGGGGAACCGACCGCCAAGCUUCCCCCGCAGACGGCGGAGGGGACCUGCGGCUGCAACAAAACCUGCAACUGCACCAAAACCGGUGUGGUCUUCUCCGACCUCUAUUCAACAGAUCUUUUGCCUGCUAUGGACGGUGACACCAAAACGAUGACCUUCCUGCAGGAAGUCGUGGAUAUUUUACUGGCCUACAUCGUGGAAUCUUUCGACAGGGAAACGAAAGUUAUUGAUUUUCAUUAUCCAAACGAGCUGCUGCAGAUGAACAACUGGGAGCUGCAGGACGAACCGGCUACUCUGGAUGAUAUCUUGAUCAGCUGUCGCGCCACGCUCAAAUACGCCAUUAAAACAGCCCACCCCAGAUACUUCAAUCAGCUCUCCACCGGAUUAGACAUGGUUGGACUGGCGGCCGAUUGGCUCACGUCCACUGCCAACACUAAUAUGUUCACCUAUGAGGUGGCUCCUGUCUUUGUGCUGCUCGAAUACGUCAGCCUGAAGAAGAUGAGGGAAAUCAUUGGUUGGCCCGACGGACGUGGAGAUGGCAUUUUCUCUCCUGGUGGGGCUAUUUCCAACAUGUAUGCCAUGCUGCUGGCCCGAUUCAAGAUGUUCCCAGAAGUGAAGGAGAAAGGAAUGUCAUCUGUUCCCAGACUGGUGGCCUUCACAUCCGAGCAUAGCCAUUUUUCAAUCAAAAAAGGUGCAGCGGCUCUUGGUAUCGGGACAGAAAGUGUGAUCUGCAUCAAAGCAGAUGAAAGCGGUAAAAUGAUCCCAGCUGACCUUGAGAGAAGAAUACUGGAGGCAAAACAGAAGGGUUUUGUACCUUUCUUUGUGAGCGCCACUGCAGGCACGACAGUCUACGGCGCCUUCGACCCCCUCAUCGCCAUCUCCGACAUCUGUAAAAAGUACAACAUCUGGAUGCACGUAGAUGGGGCAUGGGGAGGCAGUCUGCUCAUGUCCAGGAGACACAGGUGGAAGCUGGAUGGAGUUGAGAGGGCCAACUCAGUAACAUGGAACCCACACAAGAUGAUGUCAGUCCCACUGCAAUGUUCAGCCCUGCUGGUCCGAGAGGAGGGUUUGAUGCAGAACUGCAACCAGAUGCACGCCUGCUACCUGUUCCAGCAGGAUAAACACUACGACCUUUCCUACGACACUGGAGACAAAGCGCUGCAGUGUGGACGCCACGUGGACAUCUUCAAGCUGUGGCUCAUGUGGAGAGCCAAGGGCACCAUCGGGUUCGAGGCUCAGAUAGACAAGUGUCUGGAGCUGUCGGAGUAUCUCUACAACAAGAUCAAGGACAGAGAAGGAUACGAGAUGGUCUUCGAUGGCAAACCUCAACACACCAAUGUCUGCUUCUGGUAUCUCCCUCCUGGGAUCCGCUACAUGGAGGACAAAGAGGAGAGAAAGAAACACUUGCAUAAGGUUGCCCCGGUGAUAAAAGCCAGGAUGAUGGAGUACGGGACGACCAUGGUCAGCUACCAACCGCAAGGAGACAAGGUCAACUUUUUCCGCAUGGUGAUCUCAAAUCCCGCUGCUACCUUCGAGGACAUCGACUUUCUUAUUGAGGAGAUCGAACGACUCGGCCAAGACCUAUAAGACUCAUCAUCUGAAUCCUCCUGUACUUUCCUCCCCUUGACGGCUGAAUUGUUUGUGGUGAAUGUACUGGUAAACUUUUCUCUUCUUUUCUCUCUUCCCUCCAAAGUCAUAUAUUUAAAGAGUAUAUUUGAGGAAAAAAAGAUAUACAGAUAUAUCCAUAUAUUAUGUAUUGUAGCUUUUCUGUGGACUGUCUGGGUCCAAAGCUAUGUAAAAGUGCUUCUGUCUACAUUUCCUAUAGUGUAAUAGAUUCCAGAGUAGUGUAAGUGAUGUAACUUUAUAUGUACUUUUUGUGAUAUGAAAAUGCUUGUGCAAUAGGUUGAUGAGGAAGAAUUUAUUUUUUAAUCAUUCCCAUUUGCAGAGUAUGUCGUUAAGUGCCAAAUGUGGUUGUGUUCUAUUGUAACUGAACAUUUUAAACUAACAGUUUAAAACAAAAAAAAGCACUUCACUUUACCUCAGCUUGAUCAACUGCCUUUUACAUCUGCACAUAGGACUACUUUGGAUAAUAAAUUCUCUCUUUGCUGGUGAUGUAUUGAAAUACCGGCGUAUGUAAAAGAACUAGCCCAACCAGAACCAGUCAUGUGAAAUAGGAAAAGAAGGAAGGAAAAAGUUGAGUUUGAUGAAUCAGUUACAUAACCCUACAUCACUUUUGACAGGAUGGUCUGCAGCUAAUUUGACAUGUUUGCUUGUUACUCUUAUUAAACCUAUUUUGUUUGACGUUGCCAGCUAAUGCACAUAUGAAAAUGGGACCAUUUCUAAUCCAGCCGUACAUUUAGCUGAGCUGAGUGUAAUUAACGUGUCAUAUGAGGGUUCAAAUAGUGAAUAGUUGUGCCAUUACAGGUAAUAUAAAGCUACAAACCUUAAUAUUUUAUUCAUUAAAACUCCAAUUGGGCGACCAAAGACAUUCCUGAGAAAAUCAGAAUGUAUUUGCUGGAAGAAACAAGCUAGUGCUAAGGAUAUGACGCAGUGUGGAAAACUAUAUAGUUUAUUUUCUGAUGCGAAAUACUCUCUCUCUUAAACUUGUAACUUUAAAAAUGUAAACUUCUAAUCUACACUUUAAGACUCAGAGGGGUUUUUUUGUCAGAUGAGCACUUAAUGAAAGAGCCAGGAUGUUACAAAACCGAAAUAAAGGUGCAAUAAUGGGUUGAAAAUAUAUAAAUAUAUAUAUAUGGGAACUUCACCAGAUUUGCAGCUAUAGUAUACCUGACAUCACUUGCACUAAAUCAUCAGGGGGAGAAGAAGGAGUAUCCCUUUUAACAUUGCAACUGAGAUUUCUUCUUUAUUCAUUCACAAGCAAUAUUGGAGAAUGGGUCCGAUCAAAAAAAUUUCAAACUAAACAGUGAAUUCAAGUGUACAAUAGUUAAGGAUAAUCAAGUUUCCAGACCAAAUGCACAGUAGUUAGCAAAGAUUAAAAAUAAAUAAAUAAAAUUUAAAAAACAAAAAAACAAACAAAAAAA